ACAACUUAGUAAAAUUAAAUUUAGAUCUUCGAAUAAUUCGAUUUUUUUUAAAAACAUGGAUGAAAGUGUUGCUUUAGAUUCUUCUAGGCAAAAACAUUUUGUGAAAUCAGUCAGAAGUAUUAAAAAGCGACUUAAGAAAACGCAACGCAAAAGCCCAAAAGACAUAGCAGUAAUAGAUGAAGAUGUAGUUGUAAAUAAAGAAAACAAUGAAGUUGGAAAGAAGAAAAAAACAGAAAGGCGUAAUAAAAAAGGCUUGGUUUAUUUAUCCCAUAUCCCACAUGGCUUUUAUGAGGAACAAAUGACUGAAUACUUUAAGCAGUUUGGCGUAGUGACAAAUGCUAGAGUAAUCAGGUCCAGGCGCACCGGCAACUCCAAGGGCUUUGCCUUUGUUGAAUUUAGAGAACCAGAAGUGGCAGAAAUUGUGGCUGAAACAAUGAAUAAUUAUCUUAUGGGAAAAAGAAUAAUUAAAGCGGCAUAUAUCCCACCUCAUAAGCAAAGACUAAACGCUCUUAGAAAAAAUUGGAAUUAUCAAAAUAAUCCAGCAAGUAAUGAAAGACUAAAUCUCAGAAAGAAGCACAAUGAAGUUAAAGAUGAGAAAGAAGAGUUGAAAAUAGCACGGAAACUAUUAUUGACUUUAUCUAAAACUAAAGAAAAACUGAGUGCUCUUGGAAUUGAAUAUGAUUUCUUCAAACCAGUUGAUGUUCCAGAGUCUUUGGUAGAUGAAGUAGAUAAAUUAAAUACAAAGACAGAUGUAAAAUCUAAUAAGCAAGUCAAAAAUGAAUCAAAAGAACUAAAACCAGACGUCACAUCAAAAACAAUUAAAACUGAGCUGGAAGAUGUGAAUGUCCUCGAGAACACUGAUAAAAAAAAGAAAAAACAGCUUAAGAAAAAAAAAGCUGAGAAAACUGAAAAAUCCAUAUCAAAUUUAAUUUCAACCAAGACAGCUACAUCGAUAAAGCGUAAGCUUAAGAAUGAAAGUAAAGAAGAAAAUAAAAUAAGCAGUACAGAAGAGAAGAUAAAAAUAAAGCAAAAGAAGCAACAAAAAGCAGGUAAAAUAGAGAAGGAAGAAAACUUUAUUACUAUUAAGCAAUCCAGUGACAGUGAAAGUAGUUUUGAUUCUGAUGAAUUUGAGAAGACUUUGGAAAUGGAUAGCAGUGAUUUGACAUCUGGUGAUGAAAGUGAUGUCUCACAGGAUGAAGAAAUCCUAGAAUCACCUAAAAAGCAGCAAAAACGAACUCCUAAAGUUGCUAAAAAACAAGGAAAAGCUAAUCCAGAUUUAAGAGCUCCGAAGAAGCAAGACAAAGGAAAUGUUACUACUCAGUCAGUAGUAAAACGGAAAACUACUCAAAGUGCACCAUUAGCUUCUAAAAAAGCGAAAUUUGAGAAGCAACUCGGCAACAGGCAACUGAAUAAAGUGAUCAAGAAACGAAAAUAAUAUUUUUGUUUGUGAUUGUUCAGUUUAAAAUUACUAAAUAAAAAAGUUUCCAAUAAAA